AUGGUUCGAGGAAGAGAUGCCUGUUGGGAGCACUGUAUCCUUGUUGAUGCAACAAAACAGAAGGUUAGGUGUAAUUAUUGUCAGCGGGAGUUCAGUGGAGGGGUAUAUAGGAUGAAGUUUCACUUAGCUCAAAUAAAAAACAAAGAUAUAGUCCCCUGCACAGAAGUCCCGACCGAUGUGCGGGAUCACAUUUUAAGUAUAUUAAGCACUCCCAAGAAACAGAAAACUCCCAAGAAACCAAAGGUGGAUAAGGCACUUGCAGCCAAUGGUCAACAGAAUAGCUCCUCUGCUAGUGGUGGCUUCCAACCUAACCAUGGGUCUAGUGGACAGAAUGGAAGCACCUGUCCAUCUUUGUUAUUCGCAUGCCCUUCACCAAUUGCACACCUACCAGUGGAUGAUGUUCAAAAGCAAAAGCAGGAUGAAAUGGUGGAUGCUGUGGCAGAGUGUGGGGUGGACUACAAAGCCCCGAGCUAUGAAAGCCUGAGAUCUACUCUGUUGGAAAAAGUGAAAGGUGAUAUACAUGAUUGUUACAAGAAAUAUAGAGAUGAAUGGAAAGAAACAGGCUGCACUAUCUUAUGUGAUAGCUGGUCUGAUGAUAGGAACAAAUCACUUUUAAUAUUCUCGGUUACAUACCCUAAAGGGACCCUGUUUCUGAAGUCAGUCGAUGUAUCAGGUUGUGAAGAUGAUGCUACGUACUUGUUUGAGCUGAUUGAGUCUGUUGUCUUGGAGGUUGGUGUUGAACAUGUUGUCCAAGUUAUAACGAAUACUUCUGCCAGUUAUGUUUAUGCGGGAAGGCUUCUUAUGGCCAAGUACAAUUCUUGUUUUGGUCUCCUUGUGCUUCUUAUUGUAUUAAUAAGAUGCUGGAGGAUAUUGGUAAACAGGAGUGGUGAGCACAGUUCUGGAAGAGGCAAAGACCAUUACAAGGAGGACAAUUUAAAGCACAUGUUUUCUCAUACAGAAUGGUCAUCUUCAGUAUACAGUAGAUGCCCUGAGGCUCAAGCAAUUAAGUCGUUGUUGUAUUUAGAGAGAUUUUGGAAGUAUGCACAAGAAGCUGUGAGUAUUUCUGAACCGCUACUUAAAAUCCUUAGAGUUGUUGAUGGGGACAUGCCAGCUAUGGGGUACAUGUAUGAAGGAAUAGAGAGGGCAAAGGUUGCAAUAAAGACUCAUUACAAGGGUAUCGAAGAGAAAUAUAUGCUGCUCUGGGAUAUAAUUGAUCGGAGAUGGAAUAUGCAGCUUCACUCGUCCUUACAUGCAGCGGCAGCCUCCCUUAAUCCUUCGAUAUUCUACAGUCCAAACUUUAAGAUCGAUUUGGGGGUGAGAAAUGGAUUUCAAGACACUAUGUUAAAGAUGGGCUACCACACAAGAAGAUAA